GACGUCUCGUAUAAACAGCGGAGGCUUUUUCCACGUUUCGUCUUCGCUUUAGCUUCUCUUCUUUAUCUGCAACUUCUUUCUUCCCUGUCGAAAGUUUUUGUUUACUUUCCUCUCGAAACCCUAGAAAGCUUCCAGCCGAUCGCCUUUGCUUCGACGUUGUCGGGAGGCGGACCUGCGGGAUUCUUUGCCGGCGCUUUUCCCGGGAGGAUUUCGGGUUUCCGAACGGCCUUCUCUGGCGGACUCGUGGUCUCGGUCUCGGUCUCGGUCUCCUGGCGGGGCGAUCUCCCUCCGAGGACGGGGUUUUUCGCGGGGAACUGGGAGGGGUUUGGUGGGGAGAGAUGAGAGGAGUGCUGCCGAACAAUGGGAACAACAGCGUUGAGACGAUCAACGCUGCCGCUCGCGCGAUCGUGUCCGCGGAGCGGCGAGUUCAGCAGCCCACGGUUCAGAAGAGGAGAUGGGUUGGUUGUUUGAGCGUGUACUGGUGUUUUGGAUCCCAUAGGCAUGGCAGUCGCAUUGGUCAUGCAGUGAUCCUUCCAGAUGCAUCAUCUGAAAAUAGUGCCUCUACUGGUAAUGCCGUUCCUGCUGGUGAUGGUCAGGGCCAUGUCCCAAUGCCACCACUUCCUUUUAUUGCUCCUCCAUCUUCGCCUGCAUCAUUCCUUCAAUCUGAACCUCCAACUGCUGCACAGUCACCUGGUGGUCUUCUUUCCCUUUGUUCACUUUCCUCCAACGUUUACUCUCCAGUUGGGCACUCCAUUUUUGCAAUUGGCCCCUAUGCACAUGAGACACAGUUAGUUUCUCCCCCAGUUUUCUCUACCUUCACCACCGAGCCUUCCACAGCUCCCUUUACACCACCUCCAGAAUCUGUCCAUGUGACCACCCCCUCAUCACCAGAGGUGCCCUUUGCUAAGCUAGUGUCUUCUGCAUUGGAUGCUAAGCGCAAAAAUGACAAGGCUUCAACCUUUCCUUUAUCUUUUGCACCUCUUCAAUAUUCCGAGUUUCAGGCUUACCAGCUGUAUCCAGGGAGCCCAAUCGGGCAUCUCAUAUCCCCUAGCUCUGCAAUUUCUGGUUCUGGUACAUCUUCUCCAUUUCCCGACAUUGAGUUUUCUUCCAACUCCUUUCCUGUCUCUGCUUCAGCUGUCCUGUCUCAGGUCUAUGACCCGCCAAAGUUGUGCAGUGCUAACGCACAUACCAACACAGAGAAGUCUGCUGGGCGGGAGCAUCCAAAUUCCAGCUUCUCUGAGCUCCGUGCACAUAUAUUGCUCAAUGCCAAGGCGAAUGAUUGCAGUCAAGAUGGUGCUGUGUUUGUGAAAAGAAUACCCCAACUGGUCGCCACUGGCGAUGUGGCAGGUGGCUUUGUAGAUGAGCAACUGGUUGACCAUAGGGUUUCCUUUGCAUUGUGCACACCGGAAGUGAGCUGCAAGGCGGCAGAUCGUGGAGAUGGGGAAGGAUGUAUGCCUGAAUCCCCAGUGCUUAUGGCUGUAAGCAGGAGGCUUUCCAGUGAAUCCAAUGCCUCAAAGUUGGAUUUGUGGUUGGAGAAGCCAAGAGGAAGAUUGGAGGAUCAUUGUUCUGCUGCUGAAAAUUCAGGCACGGUGUCCGCUGGUGUUGUUACCAGUGACAGGGCUGCGGAUGAUGCAUCAGAUGGUUCGCCACAUCUGGUUGAAUCUGUGGAUCUGUCGGUUUCUAAGGAGUUCAAGUUUGACAAUGCAGAUGGAGCGAUAGGGCCGGCCACGAUCACCAGCUCCGAGUGGUGGGCGAAUGAGAAACUGGGUGCAAAGGCAGGAUCCAAAAACUGGGCAUUCUUCCCCAUGAUGCAGCCGGGCUUCAGCUAAUGGAUGGAGAAAGAGAGAACAAAGUGCAGCUGGUUUUCUGCUGUUCGACUGGAAAUCAGCUCCCACUUUUUGGCCCUGACAUGUUGUUCAAGUGAACAGUUGAAAGAUGUGAAAGAUUCCACCAAGACUCCGAAAACAGGAUUCUGGCCAUGGAAGGAAAACACGGCUCGCGGGACUCUUGGUGGAGGAAGCUGCUUAUUAGACGACGACCGGCAAACUGAAUCAGGAAAUAAGCUGCUUUGUUGUAUAAACUGGCAACUAUUUCUCUCUUCUACAAGACAGAAAUACUGAUAAAAAGCUGGCUAAAAUGAGUAGAUAUGGGGAUUAGGUUGAGGGCUGUUACCUCUGAGCAUACAGGAAGAGUAAAACAGGGGAUCUUUGGGGGUUUUAUUUUUGUUUGGUAACAUGUUUAGGGUUUCAGUACAUGCUCUUUCUUUUCUCUGAUAGCUAUUUGUGUAUACCUGAACACGGUGGGAGGAUUGAUCAUGUUUACUUGUCUUGUUUUCAAAAAAAAAAAAAAAAAAAAA